GUGCAUGAUUUCCAUAUCGUGUCAAGUACCCACAGUGAAUACGAUUUUCCCACACCGGCUGAAGCGAGAGGCAGAAAACCAGGCCGAGGGACUGCGUCAAAGCCACAGUACGUGACAGGAGGCACAACCAUAAACACAGCGGAUACAACUAAGGACUGGUCUUCCGCGUGUGACGUCAGCUUGACGUCGGGUCAUUGAGGACUGAAUGAAUCCCAAGCCCACGUUACGGGAGCGACGUCAGAUGGUCAGAAAGCGAAAUUAAUUUGUUGGAAACUGAGGAGAUAUCUCUCGAACAGCAGCACUUAAGAGGUGUCGUCGGAGGUUGCUGUUGGUCUCGGUCACAGGGUCAUUUUGUUCGGACACAGCUGUUUUAGAAAGAUGGAUUCAAAAGACGAAACGAGAGCCUCAUCCUGCAGCAGCGCUGUUUUUGUGCACAACCCACACCUGGACUUACUGAAAGAUGACAUCCUCUACCACUUCAGUUUAGGAACUGGAACACACAACCUACCCGCUAUGUUUGGUGAUAUCAAAUUUGUGUGUGUCGGGGGUAGUCCCUGGAGAAUGCAAGCAUUCAUUAAGUACAUUGCUGCUGAGCUAGGUAUGGAGGACCCCAAUUCAGAGUACCCGAAUAUCUGUGCUGGAACAGACAGAUACGCUAUGUACAAAGUUGGCCCUGUGCUCUCUGUCAGUCAUGGCAUGGGAAUCCCAUCCAUUGCCAUAAUGUUACAUGAGCUUAUAAAGCUCCUCCAUCACGCACACUGCACAGAUGUGACCAUUAUACGCAUUGGAACAUCAGGUGGAAUAGGGCUUAAGCCUGGCACUGUCGUGGUCACAAAGCAGUCUGUUGAUGCGACCUUCCUGCCAAAGUUUGAGCAGGUGAUCUUGGGAAAGACGGUGGUGCGCAACACAGAUCUGGACCAAUGCCUGGCUGGGGAGCUGUUGCAGUGCAGCAAAGAGUUGAACCAGUUUGACACGGUGAUAGGCAACACCAUGUGUACUCUGGAUUUCUAUGAAGGACAAGCCCGUUUGGAUGGUGCAUUCUGCUCCUACACUGAGAAGGAUAAACAGGAUUAUCUCAACAGAGCCAAUGAAGCAGGGGUCUGCAAUAUUGAAAUGGAGUCCUCAGUUUUUGCUGCCAUGUGCAAACUGAGUGGUCUUCGAGCGGCUGUGGUUUGUGUGACUCUACUGGACCGUCUGAAGGGGGAUCAGCUCAGCAGCUCUAGUGAAGUUCUUCACAGUUACCAACAGCGUCCUCAGUUACUGGUCAGUUGCUACAUUAAGAAGCAGCUCAAGGCCAGAGCAGCACACAGCUAGGUGCUUCGGCUAUUACACACAAGCACACAUCACAUGUUCAGUACUGUAUCUAAUCUCUAAACUUAUAAAACACUGAAAACAUGAUGCACUGCAAAAACAUAGCUUUCAACUAUUUUGUCACAUCUUUGAUAUGCUGGGAAAAAUCACUUUUUAUUUUUUCUGCUGAUGCACUGUCCUCUAUUUAUCUUUUACACAUAUUUAGUUGAUAGCUUCACAUUAAACCAACAUGCACUAUUUUCCUUUUGCUUUUGUGUUAAACUUUACAACAAUUCAACUGAGCAUAAAAACAUUUUAUGUAGCAGCCUUUAUGUCUUAAUAAUACUGCCUCUGAUUUAUACAACUUAAAGUCCCUUAUCCAUAAAACUUGAAACACGUCUUGUCUUUGGCUAAAUCUGUGAUAUACACUGUUAUGUGCCCAACUCACCCCAACUGUCAUUAAAAUGUUCUUUGUUUUAUAAAAACCAAAAUGAUGCUAGUGAUGAUCAAAGUCUCUAUUGUGCUGUUAGUUGUUAUUAAAGUAAUUAAACGUGUAUCAUCUAGAAUAUUUUUCUAUGCAGAAUGUAUUAGUCAAGUACUACAAACAGACUUCUGUCAUGUUGUAAGAGUUUCAAUCAGUACACAACAACCCUAACAAAAUGUCCCUCAUUUUAAGAAUAACAAAUUAUUUAUAGAAUGUAUUAUUCUCAAUAAAGCCUUAUCCAGUCUAAAA